AUGUCGUCGAGCUACACGCGCCUGUUCCGCGUCUUAUUCGUUAUCAUCUUCCUGAAGUUGCUUUUCCUUGUGGGCCUGUAUUUGCACAGCUUCGAUGGUGUCUCACGAUUUAGGCGUGUUUCCCAAGUAGAUAUAUUUGACGAACUGCUGGUAGAUCGAAGGGAAAUGCCCUCAUUGGAGAAGCGCUUGGAAUGGAUUCGUGAGGAGAUGCCCUUGUUUCCGCUAGCAGAGCUCGUGGCUAGGGAAAAACGGAAUUUUCCAACGGCAGGCUGUGGAGCAGCGCCCGAUCUGAUGAACAUUGAUUUCCACAACACCUACUGGCAGAGGGCCAUUAAUUUGAACCUGACCUACUAUCUGUUCGGAGCCUACUACGAUGAAAGGGAGACGGUGCCAGAGGCGCCACUGGUUCGCCUUCUAGCCAUGGUAAAUCAGCACAAGGACGAUUCUUACAAGUACCCCGAUAUCUUCUGCCAAUUUUGGUUUGAGGGCAGGGCUAAGCCAGUGACAGUUCCCGUUUCGGAGCAUAGGGUGAUGUGGCCCUUUGGCCAUGCGCCGCGGCGCUAUUAUCCAACGUUCUUAAGCUGCCCUCUGCCGGAGGGAAAGCAUCAAUGGGUGGUGCCCCAGAUGGUUUCCCUAGUGGCUAAUAAAUGUGAUAGGGCAAGGAAUCUCUUGAGAGUGGUUUAUGAAGUCGACGAGCAGCCAACGAAGGUAUCGAAAAACCCAGGAAAGCCCACGGCAAACACCACAUCAACAGAUCCAAAGUUCGUGGUAUGCGUAAAGGCCAUGGAUUUCCCAUAUGAAGAUAAGUCCUGGCGCUUAAUCGAGUGGCUGGAACUGUUGCGCUUGCUGGGAGCCAACAAAGUGGUACUCUAUGACGCCCAAAUGCAUCCGAAUAUGACCCGGGUGGUCAAGGACUAUCUGGUCACGAGCCCUGGCUUCGUAGAGCUGCGCCCAAUGUCGUUGGGUAGAGGAGAACCGCAUGUCCCACCUCAUUUCCAUCACUAUGCCAUGAUGUCUGAUGGCUUUAAUCGGAUCUUGAACGAGAUGAUACCGUACAACGAUUGCUUCUACCGGAAUAUGUACAAGUUCGACUAUGUGGGAGUGUUCGAUAUAGACGAAGUGAUAAUGCCCCUCGGAAACAAAACGACUUGGCCGGAGUUGGUGGAACUGGCCCGGGUUGUCCCAGACUACGAGAGCCGAACACCGGCGGACUGCACGGAGUGGGUGAGCUUCUGUUUCCGCAAUGUCUACUAUCCAAGGUAUCCAGAGCGUCCGAAGGUCUACAAAAAUCUGUCGAGCUCCUUUUAUAUGCUGCAACAUGUGGAGCGGGUGAGGCAACACUGCAAUCGUGGAGCGGCUGCCAAAUGCCUGCACGACACGAGAUACGCAGUUGGAUUGCAUAACCACUUUACCUUCUUCUACACCGAGAAAGCCGCCUGUGCUGCCAAGUCGGUGCCCAUUGAGUUUGCCCAAAUGCAGCAUUACCGAGAACCCGACACCAAAUCCCUGCUGAUCGAUCCCAUUAUAGAUGCCAGUAUCUGGAGGUUCCAGCCCCAGCUGCAGGCUAGGGUUGAGGAGCGCUACCGCAGAUUGGGCUUCCUGCCCACUGAUCAACAGUUGGCGGAUACUUUGGAGAAGCGACGGGCCCAGGAUGAGCAGCAACUGAAGGAGGCCAUGGGUAGGGCCUAA